AUGUUUCUGAGCAAGUGUGAUGGGGAGCCAGUAGAGGGAAGGCCCCCGGGGUCUGGGGAAGCCGACGAGGCCCCCAAGAAGAAACACAGGAGGAACCGAACAACUUUUACUACCUUCCAGCUGCACCAGCUGGAGAGGGCCUUUGAGCGCUCCCACUACCCUGAUGUCUACAGUCGAGAGGAACUGGCCAUGCAGGUCAACCUCCCUGAGGUGCGGGUACAGGUCUGGUUCCAGAACCGUCGGGCUAAAUGGCGGCGUCAGGAAAAGCUAGAGGCCAGCUCGGCAGCAGCAGUAGCAGCAGCCGCCACCAAGCUUCCAGAGGCCCCCAUGUUGGCCUUUGCUCGGCCUCCCCCCACUGCCUCUCUUCCCCUGGACCCUUGGCUGACCUCAGGCCCCCCGGCCAUGCAUGCCCUCCCAGGCUUCCUGGGACCAAGGCCUGGCCUGCAACCCACCUAUGGGCCUCAUGCCUUCCUCCACACUUCCUCGGGACCCCCUCCCUUUGGAGAGGCCUUUGGUCCCCUGGCAGACGCUGGGGACGCCCAUGCUCGAAGUUCCAGCAUUGUCUCUUUUUGCUUUCGGGCCAAGGAGCACGUGCAGACACUCGAUAGGACCUGGCAACCUCUCUGA